GGCCACCGUGUCCCCUUCAGCGUCAGGUAACCGCUGAUCCUGGAACCUCGACGACCGUCCGUUGGCAUUUAGUUCCGCGCCGACUCUCGAGCCAACGUUGUCCUCGAUUUUUUUUUUUUUUCCUCUCCGCCACUUCAGCGAGCAUCUGGACAGUAGGGAAGAGAGCACUUGCCUUCUCUUCCCUCCUCUACCGUCCUCCUUCGUCGUCGUUCUCGAUCGGAGUCAUGUGUGAGAUAUAAACAGAUCGCGUCGUGAUCUCGAUACCGGAUACGGAAGAUCCAGUGUGAUUGACGUUCGUUCGAGAAACGAAAUAUCGUUGUUUUCUGUGCGUCCGAGAGACCAUGGAGACAAAGAUGGAGCCGCUGACACCGCCGCACACACCGCCAACGUUGGACAGAUCGAUGCACCCGCAGCAGCAGCUGCAGAUCACGUCGCCCAGGUGGAUCAGGUCGCAGCAAUUGAACACGAGAUUCCAACAAGCGACCGGACAGAGUUAUCAGGCUGCGUUCCUCGACAAUUGGCUGAGAGGUGCCGCGCUGUUGGCCGUCAGGGGCUGUUGUCCUCAAACAGUGUCCCAUCCUUAUCACCACCAAGGCCAUCAAGGCGUGCAUCACGCGUUCCCGCAGGUCGCGCCGCCCGCCUCGUUUCUCACGAGGAGGCUGCCCGGCCAGAGGCCGAAGAAACAGUUCAUCUGCAAGUUCUGCAACAGACAGUUCACCAAAAGCUACAACCUGCUGAUACACGAGAGAACGCACACCGACGAGAGGCCGUACUCCUGCGACAUCUGCGGGAAAGCGUUUCGCAGGCAGGAUCAUCUGAGGGAUCAUCGCUACAUCCACAGCAAGGAGAAGCCAUUCAAGUGCAGCGAGUGCGGGAAAGGAUUCUGCCAGAGCAGGACCCUGGCGGUUCACAAGAUCCUCCACAUGGAGGAGUCGCCGCACAAGUGUCCCGUUUGCUCGAGAAGCUUUAACCAAAGAAGCAACCUGAAAACGCACCUUCUCACGCACACGGACGUGCCGCAGGAUUUGAGGAUCGAGCCGCAAGACGCGUCGAUGACCGAGUCGAAGAUGACAGCUUCAGCAACCGUCAGGCAGAUGGCAGAGAGGGUGAGUGGUCUGAUGCCAAUCCAGAGGACCAACACCACUGCCCCUAAACUAGGAUUCAGUAUAGAAGAUAUUAUGAGACGUUAAACUGUACUUGCUCUUUAUGUUUAUAUCUUACUCUCUUGAGUCUUUGAUCUCUUCUUAAUGUUCGUUUCACGUGCUUCGUUCGGAUCUUGGGAUCCAGAGUAUCAAAUUUCUAACUGCAAUUUCUAAUUGCAAUUU